AUGGCGUCGCCGGCUGAGGGCAAUACACCGGCAGACGGACCUCUCCGCGACGAGGCUGACCCUGCAGAUGACGGCCAACAUCAACACCAACACCAACACCAACACCAACACCAACAACAGGCCAGCAGUAAGAAGCGACGCAGCCAGGCCAACUCGCGCGGCGUCGCCAACCUCACGCCCGAGCAGCUCGCCCGCAAACGCGCAAACGAUCGCGAGGCCCAGCGCGCCAUCCGCGAGCGCACCAAGAAACAGAUCGACCGGCUGAAUGAGCGCAUCCGCGAGCUGGAGAGCCAGCAACCCUACCAUGACUUGCAGCUGGUCCUGCGCGAGAAGGAGGCCGUGCAGGCCGAGAAUGCCGACAUGAAGAAGCGCUUGGAGAGUGUCAUGGCCAUUAUCCAGCCCAUGAUUGCCGUGCGGGAGUCGUCAUCCUCGGCAUCCUCCUCCUCGUCAACCUCGUUGGCCUUGUCGUUGUCGUCGUCGGCUGCGGUGGCGGCAGCGGAUGACUACAAUCUCGUCGUCAUUAUCAUUGUCGUCGUCCUCUUCCUCCUCGCCUUUGUUGCCAUCUUCCUGUCUGUACAUAUGGCAGUAAUAGCAGCAUCAUCCAUCGCUCACACAUCAGCAACCACAGAACUUGCAGCGGCCGCCGUCGCUGUGCCCCAUCAUCAUCAUCAUCACCAAAACCAACACCAAACCCAAAAUCAAUCCCAACCUCCUCGCGGCCUUCCCCAUGCAGCCACAGCUGCAACGACAGUCGAUGCCCGCCACUACCACGCCACCCUCCACGACAUAGCCGCAGCCUCGUCCACGAACGGCGCCCACCACGCCCAAUGCCAAUCCCCCAGCGCCACCGACAAUGGCUGUCCCUGGCUGUACCCCCCAGCCGAUGCCCCUACAGCUCAUCCCCACCCCAACUCCCACCUGGGCCGCUACUCCACUGACAGCCCAGCCGCCCCCUACGACCACGACCGUACGCCGCUCAUGCAGCCAGAUAUGCCCUUUGACGAGCGACUCGGUGUCGAAUUCCUGCUCGACAACGGCCAGCGGCGAGCAGUCGAUCCCAACCUCCCUCUCCCGCAGCAACCACCCCCGCCCACCAGCCACGGAAGCAGUCCUCAACAUGCCCAGUACGCACCCAACAUGGUCGCUCACUUGACCCUUCCGCGAAAUCUGCCCGCUACCUGCCCCCUCGAAGUCAUCCUCCUGGAAUUCCUCCAAGACCGUCAGAGUCGUGCCGCCGAGGGCGUGCCCAUAAAGACGCUCGUCGGCCCACAUUAUCCCAACUUUACUUCGCUCGUCUUCCCUGACCGCGUAGUCGAAGCCCACCCACUGUCCAUGCUCUUCACCGACAUCUUGCGCACCUUCCCCGACAUCUGUGGUAUCCCCGAACAAGUCGCCAUAGUCUUCGUCAUGUACCUCCUCAUGCGCUGGCAAAUCGAGCCCACGCAGGAAAAUUACGAUCGCCUCCCUCAUUGGAUCACCCCUCGACCCUCUCAGCUCUUCACCACCCACCCGGCAUGGUUUGAUCAUCUACCCUGGCCACGCUUGCGCGACAAAAUGAUAGAUCAACAACCCUUUGUCCAAUUCGAACACUUCUUUAUACCCUAUACGACGACUGUGAGUCUGAACUGGCCUUAUGAGCCGAGAGAUUGUCUCUUGCCAGCUUCCAAAAUAAACACUCACUCUCUCUCCACCACUUCCUCGUCCGUGCCAUUGGCAGCAUCACCCUUCAGCAACCAUGCCAACGCUGCAUCGCCCGCUGCCCCUGGUACACCUCAAACACGAGCCGGCACACCAGGCACAAACACAAUCGGCCCACGACUCCCCGAGGACGACGACUCAUGGCUUAUCAAUCCAGCUUUCGAAAGCCAUCUCCGCGAUCUGAAUAAUUGGACCCUGGGCCCUAGUUUCAAAACGAUGUAUCCGCAGUUUGCCGACUGCGUCAAGAUUAAAUAUGGACGGUGA